UUUCUAGCUGUGGCCAGUGACAAGCGCGCCGUCCUCGCAAACGUGUCGUCCUCUUUCCUUUGGUUACAAUUAAUUUCUGCGGCAGCGAUGUGUCCGUCCGUUGUCCAUCGAUAGCCACCGACGGUACCGGUGACCAGGUCGGGUAAUCCAGCACCCGCCGCGAAUCGACCACAGUGAACAAUGACAGUGUUGUACUGACAGCCUGGGCGAAUUGCCUCGAGACAUCGUCGUUUAUCAGAGGUGUGUUUCACCGAUAGUGAGGCUUCGAACAGUGCCCGAAGGAAAAUGUCGAGGCGCAAGGGGACCGAUAGCUGGUCCAUAAGAACGAUACCCACUUGUCUCGUUCUCAGCUGCUGCUUCCUUGCGGUCGGCUGUCAACAAGGAACGGCCGAGUCCUGGUCGAGCAACCGAUUUUCACGGUUAAUACCGACGAAUUCGGUGUACGAGCAGCUAGAGAAAAAUGUCUCGCCGACCGGUAAGCCGGCGGAACCGUUUUCACGCUCCUUGGACGAGAACAACGUCAUGGAGACGUCGAAGACGAACGGGAAGGACAACGUGCACGAGGAGGUAGAGGAGGAAGUGGUCUACGAGGACGAUUACGAGACUGAAUCGGAGUCGAAAACGGAUCCCGAACAAUCGAAAAAUCCCGAGGGAAUCAGCGACACGGCGACGCGUGAACGAUCAUCCGCUGAUCUGUCUUCGAGAACGAACGGCUCGCCGAGGGACGAGGAUUACGUUGAAGAUCCGUCGACGAGUCAAUACGAUGCCUAUUAUUAUUAUGAGGAUUACGAGAACAAUAAUAAAUCACGAUACGACGCUGUCGUGAACGCCGACCACCUCGAUUAUCCGGACGUCGAGGAGGAAGAAAAGGAAGAAGCGGAAGAGAAGAGGAUAGGAGGAACGGCGAGGAAGACGGCUAAACGCGUUUCAUCGGAGAUCGGCGAAAAGAAAGAGGAAGAAGAAGAAGAAGAGCGAGAUGACGAAGAAAAAGACGAACUUCGUUCGUCGAAAAACGGAACCAGCGCUUCCUCGGACCUCCUCGAGGAGAAAGACUUGGACACGCUGGUCACCCUAACGAACGCCGAGGAGGGUUCGUCGAUGGAGGGGAGCCGCAAAAGUUUCUCGAUCCUCGGACCGCCGGGUGCAGAAACGAACUUGUCAGCCAGCGACAGCUCGAUUCUGAUCGGCGAGGCGGUGGUGUCGGUGGUGACGACGAAAAGCGUGGUGAACGGAACGAUAUCCGUCCCGACGACAUCCGCGCCGACCACGGUGGAGCAGAUGGCCGCGCCGCCGUCCCCUUCAACGAUUCUGACAACGAGGGCAACGACGGAACAGCCGGGAGUGACCGUCACGACGGAGGACUCGUCCAGGAUCCUGGCGUCCGUGCAAACGAGUCGCAGCAUUUCCGGCGCACGGUUCCUACCGUUUCCCGUGAUAGAUCGCGUGGAGCCCAUCGUCCCCAACAGCGAGAAGAAGACCUCCCCGCCCUCGGAGUCCACGGAGAGCAUCAUCGACAAGUUGGACAGGGUGCAAUCCGAAUUAUCCAGCGGUAUUCUCGUCAGCGACCUCAGGGCGACCGGCAAUUCCCUGCAACUGGACGUCCUCGCCGACAGAGAAAAGAACAGACGAAGGUUCACUACCACUACAAAGACACCGGUGAUCAGUAAAUUCGUGCCGAGACGCUAUAAUGACAAGAGGACCGACCAUGGGAACGUCACGCCGGAACCGCGGUUCAAAACCACGCUGGACAGUCUGGAAGGUCUUCUACCGCGAGAUUAUGUCGUCAGGAAUCCUGGCAGCACCACCGCGCCCUUGAAGAUUGGAUUCAGGUGGCCCUCGAAGAGCACAACGACGUCCGAGGCAACGAUUCAACUGGCAACUACCACAACUACUACCUCCGCACCGACCACGAAAAGGCUGAAGACCAACGUGGUAGCGCAAGAUAUCAACGCGUUUUUGCCAGCAGGUUACAAACUGAAGAAAGAAGACUCCACCGUCACCGAGAGCACCCUUUUAACCGACAUCCUUGCAAAAUCGAAACUCGACAUCUCGUCGUUAUUACCGCCGGAUUAUAACAAGAAGAAGGUCGAGGCAAGCUCGACCGCGAGGAGCAUAAUUACCACGACGGCCACGAAGAAACCCGUGGACGUCUCGACAGAGAAAUCGUCCGCGGAGAAAACUAUACAAGAUUUAUUCGCGAAAUCGCAAUUCGAUAUUUCGUCUUUGCUGCCGCGUGAUUACGAACAAAAGCAUAAGAAUCUCACCGCGAGCUCGAAGGACGGCGAAGAACACGCUGUACAGACUGCGGAGGCCGAGUCAUCCACAAUGGAAUCUGCUUCCUCCACGACCGCAAAAUCUGGUGGUUUGAAAAUUGUGUUUCCCAGCAGACCAGGAGGCCGAAAGCCUAUUCACAAAAUUACUACGCCGCAAACGCCUCGUGGCGACGCGCCGGGCGCAGUUACACUGAAAAUACAGAGAGGAUGGCCGACUAGAGCUACUACAGAAUUUACUGGUUGGCCGACUCCAUCGACAACGCCGAUCUCUAUAGAAAAAUUGCUGGAAGCUGCCCGAACGGCGACCAUAUCUUCGCUGAAUGCGUCGCUUAUACCAAUCACCGAAGUAACAUCGAGUACUUCGACAACGACUACAACAACCACAACACCUAGACCCACUACUCCGGGAAUCUGUGAACAAGAUUGCGAAGUUGCUGGCACGAUUAAGAUAAUUGGUAACGCAACCUGGGUACCAGAAUUACUUGACCGAAACACUCAAGAAUGGCAGAAACUGGCCAACGAGAUCGAGCAAGAGAUGAACUUCAUAUUUUCCAAAUCUUCUGUUCUGACAAAAUGGUACAAAAAAGUGAAGAUCGAUUCAUUCAGCAAAGGAAGUAUACUGGUAGACUAUUUUAUCGAAUUAACUAACUUGGAGCAAAAAAUCAACACGCAAGAGUUGAAAACCGUAUUCCACAAUUCAUUAUAUACAUACAACACAAACAGAUGGAAUGAUACGAAAAUGAAGGACACGAUAAAAUUAGGAUCAUUUAUUAUUGAUCCAAAAUAUACGGACUUCGUUGUAAUACCAAAAGCUACUACUCCCCAGUACAUUGAAAAAGAUGACAAAUUGAUACCACAGUGGGCAAUUGCUGUAAUUGUAAUUGGAGUUGGUGGACUACUCUUUAUCAUCAUAUUUGGCGUUUCUGUUCUUCUAAAUCGCCAUGGUUCAAAAUUAAAGCCAUCAGUGUCUGCAAUUUACGAUGAAGAAGUAUCGAAAAAUAUAACUCAGAGAUCCACUGAUUAUUCAAAACCUGUGCACACCAUAUGGACGGAUCCUGACGUGUCAUGGAAUGAGAAAUCUUUCGAAUCAACUUCCAAUAAGGUACUCGUCGAAAAAUCAUUUCAAGACAAUAAAAAAUACAACAUGUACGAUAGUUGGCGGUCGGAAUGGAAUGGCUAUUAUUACAAUGGAUCCCACGUCAGCAGCAAAUAUGAUGGCUACGACAGCACAACAAAUUUAUCGAGUCGACAUCAUCCCGAUUAUGAUACGAAUUUCUAAAUUUUAUUGUAAUAAAGUACAUUUUCGAUCCAUUCUA